AUGUCUAACAUUUCUGAUGUCAAAGUUAUUUCUCCAAGCUCAUAUGUCGGUUUUGAUACCAUUACAAGUCAAAUUGAGCACCGCUUGCUAAAGAAGGGUUUUCAGUUCAACAUAAUGGUCGUUGGCCAUUCGGGGCUUGGUAAGAGUACUUUGAUCAACACCUUAUUUUCCUCUCAUUUAAUUGAUUCUUCGACUGGUCAGGAUAUCUCUAAACAUCCAAUUACUAAAACUACAGAAAUCAAGGUUUCAUCACAUUCUUUGAUUGAGGACAGAGUUCGGCUAAGCAUAAAUGUUAUCGACACACCUGGUUUUGGUGAUCAGAUCAACAAUGACAAGGUUUGGGAACCUAUUGUCAAGUACAUCAAGGAACAGCAUUCUCAGUACUUACGGAGGGAACUGACCGCUCAACGUGAAAGGCACAUCUCUGAUACACGUGUUCACGCGCUUUUGUAUUUCAUUCAACCUAAUGGAAAAGGCUUAACGCAGUUGGAUAUUGCUGCACUAAAGAGACUCACUGAAAUUGCCAACGUAAUUCCGGUGAUAGCUAAGGCAGACACGCUAACUAUGGAUGAAAGAACUGCUUUUAGAGAAAUCAUUCAACAGGAAUUCAGGAAACAUAACUUCAAAAUAUAUCCAUACGAUUCUGACGACUUGACGGAGGAAGAACUUGAAUUGAAUGAAAGUAUAAGGUCAAUCAUUCCUUUUGCUGUUGUUGGUUCGGAAACAGAGAUCACUGUCAAUGGGGAAGUGGUCAGAGGAAGAAAGACACGAUGGGGAUCGAUAGCUGUUGAGGAUAUAAAUCAGUGUGAAUUUGUCUAUUUGAGAGAGUUUUUAAUUCGUACUCAUUUACAAGACUUGAUUGAGACCACAUCAGCUGUCCAUUACGAGGGUUUCAGGUCUAGACAGUUAAUCGCAUUGAAAGAAAAUGCCAAUACUCGUGCGUCAGCUCACUUGUCUCAAGCCUCUAACCCGAUGCUCCAACGUCCCAGCCAGUAG